AUGUCAUCCUCCAACGUCUCAUCUGCUGAUACCGUUGCUGUUUCUAAUAACGGCAGCCUCUUUCACGUUAACACUUCCAAUGUCACAAAACUCACUGCUUCCAACUUUCUUAUGUGGAGUCGUCAGAUCCACGCUUUGUUUGACGGGUAUGAUCUCGCCAACUAUCUCAACGACACUGUCACAGUACCAACCCUGACGGUCACUAUAGCUGAGGCUACCACGGUGAAUCCUGCCUACACGCUCUGGAGACGACAAGAUCGACUUGUCUACAGUGCUCUCCUUGGCGCCAUCUCAACCUCUGUCCAGCCGAUUGUGUCCCGUGCUGAAACAUCGAGGGAGAUCUGGUCUACUCUCCACACUACUUAUGCUAAAUCUAUUCGUGGUCAUAUUCUCCAAUUGCAGCAUCAAGUGACACAGUGGACGAAAGGUAGUCAUUCUAUUGAUGACUACUUUCAAGGUCUUGUCACUCUCUACGACAAACUUGCGCUCCUUGGCAAGGUUGUUGAGCUCGAGGAUCAACUCAUGACAAUCCUCAAGGGCCUCCCCGAUGAUUAUCAACCGGUGGUCACACAGAUCGAAGGCCGUGAUACGACGCCUUCUCUUGCUGAAGUUCACGAGAAGUUACUUCUUUAUGAAGUAAAGCUUCUAACUAUUGCUGCUUCUGCUCCCGCUCUUCCCAUCACGGCAAACGUUGCAAGUUAUAACAAACACAACAACAACUGUGGUAACAAACUCUACAAACCGUGGCAACAACUCCAACAAUCGCUCCAACUAGCCUUGGCAACAGCAACAAUCCUCUUCGCUGAUCGACGGUGUUCUCAGCUGCAACUUCAAGGACCUCCGGUGUCUUACCAACAGAACGUCCCAUGGCAGCCGUGUGCAAACAUGGUCACCGCUCAUCCCCACAGUUCUAAUCAUUGGGUCCUUGACAGCGGUGCUACACACCAUUUAACAAGCGACCUCAAUAACUUGGCACUCCAUCAACCGUAUCUUGGUGGUGAUGAAGUUAUGAUCGCUGAUGGCUCCACUCUUCCCAUCUCUCAAACUGGUUCCACUUCACCCUCCACCUCCUCUAAACCUUUACAUUUAAACGAUGUGUUGUUUGUUCCGAAUGUCCACAAGAACUUGAUUUCUGUUUAUCGUUUGUGCAACUCUAAUCAAGUCUCUGUCAAAUUCUCUCCUGCUCAUUUUCAAGUGGAGGAUCUCAGCACGGGGGUCCAGUUACUCCAAGGCAAGACUAGAAACGAGUUGUAUGAGUAG